GCUCUCCCUUUUCAUCCCUUUUCAUGGAAUCAUCGAUCCUUCCUCUGCCCCACACUCGAGGCACCGCCUUCAGCUCUUCCUCACUCAGAUGGCGAACCAAUGCGCCUCUCCUCUCCUCGACGCCUUCCACCGCACGCUGCUUCCGGAUCUCGAUCAGAUGUAGUUCAUCCAGAGUUGCGUUAGGAUUGCAAAGAGCUGUCAGUAAGGCCCGAGGAAGAUUUAUGAUAAAUCCUAGCAAUGUUUUUGAUCAAAGUGUUGAAGCACAGUCGAUAGAGGAAAAGACUUCAGAAAUGUUGGACGCUGAUACUUCGUUGAAGUAUUCUCGUGGUGUUGCCUCUCCACUUGGUGUCUCAGUUGCUGAAAAUGGAAUUAACUUUGCAGUUUUUUCAAGGCACGCUACACGUGUCUCACUGUGCUUGUCAAAAUGUGAAAGGGAAGAUAAUCAGCAAAUGGAUGAUGGCAUGUUGGAGGUUCCACUGGAUCCGCAGAUAAAUAAAACUGGUGACGUUUGGCACAUCUAUAUUGAGGGGUUAUCACAAUCUGGAAUUGUCUAUGGCUACCGAAUUGAUGGUCCUCAAGGAUGGGGACAAGGGCAUCGCUUUGACAGUAGUGUCAUUCUUCUUGAUCCUUAUGCAAAAUUAGUUUCUGGAAGGAAAAGGUUUGGGGAUGUUUCAGAUAAGAUGUCCAAGUUCCUUGGAACAUAUGACUUUACCAGCCCUCCUUUCGACUGGGGUCCUGAUUAUAAGCUUCCAAAUAUACCUGAGGCAGAUCUUGUUAUAUAUGAAAUGAAUGUAAGGGCAUUUACAGCUGAUGGAUCAAGUGGGCUAGAUCCGGACAUUUGUGGGAGCUACCUUGGAGUUAUUGAAAAGAUCCCAUAUUUGCUGGAACUUGGAAUCAAUGCUGUGGAAUUGUUGCCUGCAUUUGAAUUUGAUGAGUUUGAAUUUCAGAGAUAUCCUAACCCAAGAAAUCACAUGAUCAACACAUGGGGUUACUCUACGAUGAACUUUUUUGCUCCCAUGAGUCGGUAUGCUAGUUCUGGUGGUGGAUCUUUGGUUGCUUCUCAUCAAUUUAAGGAGAUGGUGAAAGCUUUGCAUAAUGCUCGAAUCGAGGUUAUUUUGGAUGUUGUUUAUAACCAUACUAAUGAAGCAGACGAUGAUCACCCUUAUACUACAUCAUUUCGUGGUAUUGACAAUAAGGUUUAUUACAUGGUUGAUCUCGGGAAUGGUGCUAAAUAUAUGAAUUUCACGGGUUGUGGUAAUACAUUAAACUGCAAUCAUCCUGUUGUCAUGGAACUGAUUCUUGAUAGUUUGAGACAUUGGGUUAAUGAGUACCAUGUAGAUGGAUUCCGAUUUGAUCUUGCAAGUGUGCUUUGUCGAGGGACUGAUGGUGCUCCUCUAGAUGCCCCUCCAAUAAUCAAGGCAAUAGCUAAAGAUGAUGUACUGUCACGGUGUAAAAUAAUUGCUGAACCAUGGGACUGUGGUGGACUUUAUCUAGUGGGAAAGUUUCCAAAUUGGGACCGGUGGGCAGAAUGGAAUGGAAGGUACCGCGAUGAUAUUCGUAAGUUCAUAAAGGGUGAUUGCAGUAUGAAAGGUAGCUUUGCAACUCGUGUAUCUGGGUCUGCAGAUUUGUAUCAGGUGCAUCUUUUGUCUUUCUAUUACAAAGCUUGA